AUGCUUUUUAUACUCUUCCUCCAUUUGUUCAUAUUCUGUUCGUCCGCUUUUGAUAUUGUUCAAUUAGCGGAUGAAGAUCUGAGGUAUUUAAACGAACGAUUACAAUUGCACGACCAUAUGAGCCGCGAAGAUGCACUGAACUCAAUAAUCGAAUUAGAACAUUUUUAUACAGGAUUAAAAAACGAUUUGAAUGGUUCACCGUCGGAAAUGGUCGAUAAAGCCUGGCAUGCACAUAUUUUAAACACAAAAAUGUAUUUUCGAUUCAGUGAACUCAACUUUGGAAGAUAUCUUCAUCAUCUGCCAUUCUGGUCGGGAAAUCAAGAUGAAGCUGAAGAAUUAAACGAGGAUAUAUCGAUGUUAGACAAACUGAAAAUUCUCGGAAUCCAAAACAUGAACGAAACUGUUUGGACGUUGCAAUUACAUGAAACACCGUCGUCGGAUGGCAUAACGAAUUGA